ACACCACCCCCUUUCACUUUUAUUCUCUAACACCACAAUACUCCAAUCAAUUAACUAUUAGCAUGGCCGAGCCACAAGGUGAUAUUGGUGGUGACAGUGGUGCUUCUGGAAGCAAGCGUAGAAGCACUGUUUCCAAGCGUGGCAUGGUAGCACAAACACAAGAUGAAGCAAUAGUGGGAUCUUCACCCGCAACACCAUGUGGGGCUUGCAAGUUCUUGAGGAGGAAGUGCAUUGGGGGAUGCAUUUUUGCACCCUACUUUUGUACUGAUCAGGGUGCAGCUAAGUUUGCAGCUGUGCACAAGGUGUUUGGGGCUAGCAAUGUGUCAAAGCUCUUGUCCAACAUUCCGGCGAACCGCCGCCACGAAGCGGCAACAUCCAUAUCGUAUGAGGCUCAGGCAAGGCUGUCUGAUCCAGUUUAUGGUUGUGUCUCCACCAUCCUUGCCCUGCAACAACAGGUGGUAUCUUUGCAAGCAGAGCUAGCUAUGUUGCAAACUCAACUCAUGAAUAGCAAGUUUUUCUAUACAAGUGCUCUUCAAACCACACAACUACAUCAACCAAACAUGAAUGCAGCAGCACUACAUCCAGCAUAUUCCAACAAUUCAUGUGGUUCCACCAACCUUUUAAACUUGAGCAACUUCAAUAAUACGCCUAGCUUUGACCUUGCAAUGGACACAACACCCUCAUCGCAUAGUUUGGAGCCUCUUCAACUCACAAGGUUGUCCCAAUAUGAGGAAGAGGAGGAAGAAGAAAGCAAAACCCAACAAACUUUCGACCACCAUUAAUGAGUUGUUCCUUUUGUUUAAUUUGUUAGCAUUACUCUUUGUUGGUUUCAACUUUAUACAAAAUUAAAUAAUAUCAAACUUAAUGUAACUUAUCUCA